AUGGAGCAACCACCUGAGUUUAUUGCUCAGGGGGAGUCUGGUCUUGUUUGCAAGUUACAAAAAUCCUUGUAUGGUCUGAAACAAUCACCUCGAGCUUGGUUUGGAAAAUUUAGCAAG